GAGCGACAACUGUCCUUCAUCAUGAGCUUACACCGACCUUUCCACAAACUACUUUUCCACAAACUACCCACUCAUAUCCCUCCACACUCGACCACUUCGUUCCAUUCUUUCAUCAUUCGAGGUUCAAGUUAAAAACGAAGGGUUGGCGAAUAUCAAUCUGUUGCUCUUUAUAAUAGAACCGACAUCCAAUGGCCCAUAUUUCAUUACAGCCCUUAUCCGUCUCCGCUAUAAAUACCGGAAACGGCAACAUUUCCGCUGCGUUCUGAUGGCCGACCUCCUCCGUCGUCGCUCGGCGGCGCUCUGGGUCGCCCGCCUCGCCGUGCUCCUCGCUGGCGCCGUCUCCGCCGCCGCCCUCGCUCGCACCUCCCUACCCUACUCUUUAGCUCUUCUUUCCUCCCUCCCCCGCGCCUGGUCCUCAUUCCGAUCAUGGCUCUCUCCUCCCUACCUCUUCGCUGCCAUCCACUUCAUUAUCAUCGUCAUUUGGAAGCUCUCUGAUAAGAAGCAGAGCAGCCGCGACGCCGAUCCCCAGUCCAAACCACGCGAUCUCCUCUCCCGUAAGCCCUCUGCGGAGCUAUGGACCGAGAUUCGAGCGGAUCCGCUGGAAUCCGACUCCAGAUCGCCGGAUCCGGUGGUGGAGCAAGAGAAAUCCUCUGAUGGAUCCUGCGUCACAGACGAAUCCCUGGAGAACGAGACGAUGGAUGCGACUUGGAAGGCCAUAAUGGAGGCGGCGGCGUCCCCGGCUCGGCCGCAGCUGAGGAAGAGCGAGACCUGGGAGCGUACUGACAGGGCUCCGGCGACUGAGGCUACCAGAGAGCCGGUGUUCCGGCACUCGGCAACGUUCAAGGAGUCUUCGGGUUGGAGGGGAAGAGAAGUUCUGAUGAUGGGGCACGAGGAGCUUGAUCAGAGGUUCGAGGCUUUCAUAAGAAUGAACCGGGAAGAGAUGCGGUUGCAGCGCGAGGAGUCGAACAAGCGUUAUCUGGAGAUGGUGAACGGGGUACCCUAAGUUUUUCUAGAAGAUCUUUGUUGGAGUUUUAUCUUCUUUCGUUUUCUUUUCCUUUUGCUUCCUUGUUUAGAGGAAGCUGCGGGAAAAGAAUCAUCCCCAUUCGCAGACCGGUUUUUGUGCUGCUGGAGAUGGUGGGUGGCGAGAACCGCGAGCAGUUGCAGGCUGUAAGAUUCUGAUUUCGUUGGAUCUGACAGUCACACUCCACUAGUUGGUUUUAUUCCCCUUUAAUAAUAAUAAUUAUUAUUCUUAAUAUCUUUUCCGUGUCACUCUUCUCAUACAGUAUUACCGUGUGCUUUUUAUCUUACUUUUUUUUAAAUUUUCUUUUAUUGUACAUGCUGUUAUUGUCUUUUAACUUUUUAUAAACUAAAGUAUUGCUUGAUAA